AUGGCCGGCCCCACUCCUCACCCAACAAGCCAUCGCUCGCGGUGGUACACCAAUGUGAACAACUUUCACCCUCACCAGCCCGCAUUCAAGCAUCGCUGGGGUGCCAAGCUACUAGGAGCGACAAUGUGGUUCUGGAUCAUGUACCGUGCAAAGCAGGAUGGACCUGUGCUGUUGGGCCUGAGACAUCCUUGGGACGGACACCACGGCGACGACCAUGGCCACGGACAUGGCGGGGAGGAGCACCACUGA